CUGUACAGAAAUGACUUCGUAUCACCUACUCCGAAGUCUAAAUAAUGUGAGGUCGAUGAAAAAGUACUUGUUGAAGUUCUUUUUCUGCACAAUACCGCUACUUACCCUAAUAAUUGUUGUAUUGAGCUGGCAGUUCCAUGCCAAAGUACACCACCUGAAAGAGCUACGAGAAAAUUGGCGCAAGGAAAUCGAAAAAAUGGCAAAAAAAACGAACAACACGUGGAGAUUGCCGGACGUCCAGGGCGCAGCGAUAUUUUCCGCCUACUUGGACUCCAGACCGGAAGUUGCACUCGAGGAAAUUCCAUUCUGGUCCAGUCUCGAUCACCCGUGGGCACUGAUACGAAUCAUCGGGAUCCUCGAUGUCGACACCAAGAUUCCGAGUCUCCGAUGCUACUACAAAUACACCGAUCGGAGCACGAUCUCGGAGCGUCCAGCUAUCGGGGUACGGUUCAUAGCCAGCAUCGAGAACUUUGGGAUGCGGUACUCGGCCGCCUUUGUGAUCUGCGAGCUCGUGACCACGUCGGACGGCAGUUUACCGAGCCAAGUGACCUUUUCGUCCAACCGAGGAAGAUCGGCAGAGGAACUGGGGGACUUUGUGGACAUCCGGUACACGGCACCGCCAGUCACGCGCCCGAGCUUCAUGGCAGCGUGCGUGCCGAGUUUGCAUCACGGCUACGCGAAUCACGCGGGCCUCGUCGAGUUUGUCGAGUUUUACCGGUCCAUGGGCGUGGACCGCUUCACUUUCUACAACGCUUCGGUCUCGCCGAGGGUCAGUCGGGUGCUCGAGUGGUACGCGAGGAAGAAUUUGGCGAGCGUUGUACAGUGGAAGUUGCCGGGUGUUUACAAGUUCGAGAGGAAUUUGAGGUACAACGGGAUUUUCGCUGCGCUGAACGAUUGCUUGUACAGAAACAUGUACACCUUCACUUACGUGGUAAACGUGGACUUGGACGAGUUUAUCAUACCGAGAAAGCAGGAAAACUUUCGCCAGAUGAUGGACUAUUUGGACCCAAACUCGGACCUCAGCAGUCGCGCGGCAUUUGUUUUUCGGAACGUCUUCUUUUACUUGAUGUACGACGACGAUCCCGGUGCUGUCAACCGAACAGAUUGGCCCAAACUGACGUUGGAAUCCAAGACCACGCGCUUCGAGGAAAUUUACGAAGCCCACUCGCGCAGCAAGUACAUAGCCAGAAGUGAGAACGUGAUCGAAAUGGGCAAUCAUCAAAUUUGGCGGUCAAGAAAGACUUCGUUCCUCUUUCGUGCUGGAGAGACGACGGUUGAUCCCGAUACUGCACUGUCGCAUCACUACAGGUUUUGCGAGGUCAACGAGUUGGUCUGCUGGCUGCGGAAGACGACCGUUGAUAGAGCUGCUCACAAGUAUACCAAAGUGCUGAGACCCAGGGUUGCGGCUGUUCUCCGCAAGGUUUUUGGAAACGAGAGGGUAUAACAUCAUGCAGUGGCCAAUCGAGAGUAUUAUUGUUGUUAUUAUUUAUUCGUCGUGUUGGAUCUCAAAUGUGUGUAUAGGUAAAUAUUUUGACGAGGAAAAUGUAGCUUUCCGAGAAGCCCAUGGGAGGUAUACAUGUUGUAAUCACAGUUACAGUUCACUCGGUGGGUGCAUCUAAGAGCGAGUCUUUGUUAUAUAUUUUUUCAUAUGCCACACAACACAUUGUUUUCCUGCACCCAGUGGAAUGUGGGUCAUUACUUGUAACCAGCUCAUUUAGACACGAGGGCAAACAGAAAGGAAAAAAUUACUACUCCCUUCAGGGGGUACUCGAGAGGACAUUUGCACGUGCGUCGAGCUUAUACCUUUACUACUCAAGGGUAUAAACACAAUUGGAGAAUCAUUUCGUUGCGGAAGAGUAAACACGAGAGUAGCAUAAAUCUGUACGUACGUAUUUUAUGACAAUGGCUUAUUGGCGAUGUGCCAGGAGCUACUCGUACACAGAAAAAGUUGGCCACACACACAUUAGUCUAACAACGUAACUGCCCGUCAGGGCAUGGAAUCGCAGUGUCUUCGCAAACUUUGGGGAUCGAGUAAAGCCAUUUCACA